AUGGCGGAAGCGGAAGGUGGAGCGAGCGAACAAGAUGAUGUUUCAUUCUUACGUACGGAAGACAUGGUCUGUCUGUCCUGCACAGCGACUGGUGAACGUGUGUGUUUAGCUGCGGAGGGUUUCGGUAAUCGGCACUGUUUCCUGGAGAACAUUGCUGAUAAGAACAUUCCGCCCGAUCUAUCACAAUGCGUAUUCGUUAUUGAACAGGCGUUGUCGGUAAGGGCUCUCCAAGAACUAGUUACUGCUGCCGGAUCAGAAACUGGAAAAGGUACUGGGUCGGGUCAUAGGACCUUACUGUAUGGCAAUGCUAUUCUUUUACGCCAUCUUAACAGUGACAUGUAUCUGGCCUGUCUCUCAACAUCAUCAUCACAAGACAAGCUGGCCUUCGAUGUGGGUCUCCAAGAACACUCACAAGGAGAAGCCUGCUGGUGGACAUUACAUCCCGCUAGCAAACAGAGAUCUGAAGGUGAGAAGGUUCGUGUUGGAGACGACUUGAUUCUUGUCUCUGUUGCCACUGAAAGAUAUUUGCACACGACAAAAGAGAAUGAAGUUUCCAUAGUAAACGCUUCGUUCCACGUGACCCAUUGGUCCGUACAACCAUACGGUACUGGUAUUUCACGUAUGAAGUACGUCGGUUACGUUUUUGGGGGAGAUGUGCUGCGUUUCUUCCAUGGAGGGGAUGAGUGCUUAACAAUACCAAGCACUUGGACUAAAGAAGGCGGACAGAAUAUCGUAGUGUAUGAAGGUGGUUCAGUGAUGUCACAGGCACGGUCACUGUGGAGACUUGAGCUGGCUCGUACGAAAUGGGCUGGCGGUUUUAUUAACUGGUACCACCCGAUGAGAAUACGACACAUCACUACUGGGAGAUAUCUGGGAGUUAAUGAUCAGAAUGAGCUCUAUCUUGUUAGCAGAGAGGAAGCCACAACAGCAUCAUGUGCCUUUUGUCUUCGCCAAGAGAAAGAUGAUCAGAAGGUUGUUCUUGAAGACAAAGAUUUGGAAGUGAUUGGAGCUCCCAUUAUCAAAUAUGGUGAUUCCACUGUUAUAGUUCAACAUUCUGAAACUGGACUCUGGUUGUCUUAUAAGUCAUACGAAACUAAGAAAAAGGGUGUGGGCAAAGUUGAAGAAAAACAAGCGAUACUUCACGAAGAAGGUAAAAUGGACGAUGGACUUGAUUUCUCCAGGUCUCAAGAAGAAGAAUCAAGAACCGCUCGAGUUAUUAGAAAAUGUUCAUCUCUAUUUACCAAAUUUAUUAAUGGUCUUGAAACACUUCAAGAGAACCGUCGUCAUUCAAUGUUCUUCGCAUCAGUAAACCUCGGGGAGAUGGUCAUGUGCUUGGAGGAUUUGAUCAAUUAUUUUGCUCAACCCGAUGAAGAUAUGGAACACGAAGAGAAGCAGAACAAAUUCCGUGCUCUUCGGAACAGACAGGAUCUUUUCCAAGAGGAGGGCAUCCUAAACUUGAUACUGGAAGCCAUUGACAAGAUCAACGUCAUCACCUCCCAGGGUUUCCUGGCUGGAUUCCUUGCUGGAGACGAAUCCGGGCAGAGCUGGGAUAUGAUAUCUGUAUAUUUAUAUCAACUGUUGGCUGCCAUUAUAAAAGGCAACCAUACUAAUUGCGCACAGUUUGCUAACUCGAACCGUCUCAAUUGGCUUUUCUCACGUCUUGGGUCCCAGGCUUCAGGUGAAGGAACUGGAAUGUUGGAUGUAUUACAUUGCGUGCUAAUAGACUCACCAGAGGCAUUGAAUAUGAUGAGAGAUGAACAUAUAAAAGUUAUAAUAUCUCUUCUUGAGAAGCACGGCAGAGAUCCCAAAGUAUUAGACGUGUUGUGUUCACUGUGUGUUGGUAAUGGUGUCGCUGUAAGAUCAUCUCAGAACAACAUCUGUGACUACUUACUACCAGGGAAAAAUCUGCUUUUACAAACUCAACUGGUUGAUCACGUGUCGAGCGUUCGUCCAAACAUUUUCGUGGGUCGUGUUGAAGGUUCCGCCGUUUAUCAGAAGUGGUAUUUCGAAGUGACGAUGGACCACAUUGAGAAGACGACCCAUAUGAUGCCACAUUUACGUAUCGGUUGGGCGAACACUUCUGGCUAUGUCCCUUACCCUGGUGGUGGUGAGAGAUGGGGAGGGAACGGAGUAGGAGACGAUCUCUACUCCUUUGGAUUUGAUGGCGCCUUCUUGUGGUCUGGGGGACGAAAGACCCCAGUCAAUAGAACCCACAGUGAAGAACCCUUCAUAAGGAAAGGUGACGUCAUCGGUUGUGCCUUGGAUCUGACUAUUCCAUUAAUCAACUUCAUGUUCAAUGGUGUGAGAGUUACUGGAUCCUUCACCAACUUCAAUUUGGAGGGCAUGUUCUUCCCUGUUAUCAGCUGUUCUAGUAAAUUGAGUUGUCGUUUUCUUCUUGGUGGAGAACACGGUCGUCUUCGUUAUGCCGCACCAGAAGGUUAUUCUCCAUUAGUAGAGUCGCUUUUACCUCAGCAGAUAUUGAAUCUUGAACCUUGCUUUUAUUUCGGCAAUUUGGCCAAAAGAGCACUCGCCGGUCCUCCACUCGUUCAAGAUGAUACAGCCUUUGUACCAACCCCUGUUGACACUUUAUCUAUCACUCUCCCUACAUACAUUGAACAAAUCAGAGACAAACUUGCUGAAAAUAUUCAUGAGAUGUGGGCGAUGAAUAAGAUUGAGGCUGGUUGGUGUUACGGGGAAUCACGUGAUGAUUCACGUCGCGUACAUCCAUGCCUGGUGCCAUUCGAGAGACUGCCACCAGCUGAGAAACGUUAUGACAUACAACUAGCUGUACAAACACUUAAAACGAUUCUCGCUUUGGGUUACUACAUAAGUCUUGAUAAACCACCGGCUAGAAUACGUAACGUCCGUUUACCAAACGAUCCGUUUAUGCAAUCCAAUGGCUACAAACCAGCUCCACUUGACCUGAGUGCUGUCACUCUCACCCCAAAAAUGGAUGAACUGGUAGACCAGCUUGCUGAGAACACUCACAACCUGUGGGCCAGAGAAAGAAUUCAGCAAGGAUGGACAUACGGACUUAACGAGGAUACGGAGAUGCAUAGAUCCCCCCACUUGGUCCCAUACCCGAAAGUAGAUGACGCAAUCAAGAAGGCGAAUCGUGACACAGCCUCAGAGACCGUACGAACCUUACUAGUAUAUGGAUACAAUCUGGAUCCUCCCACUGGGGAACAGCACGAAGCACUUUUGGCUGAAGCGUCUAAACAGAAGCAAGUUGACUUCAGAACUUAUAGAGCUGAAAAAAACUAUGCUGUCAGUUCUGGGAAAUGGUAUUUUGAAUUCGAAAUACUCACUGCUGGACCCAUGCGAGUUGGCUGGGCUCAUGCUGAUAUGGCGCCCGGAAUGAUGUUGGGACAAGACGAUAAUUCGUGGGCCUUUGAUGGCUAUAAUUGUUUGAAGUGGCACGGCGGUGCGAGCGAUACUUUCGGUCAACAGUUGAAAGUUGGGGACAUAGUCGCUUGCUUCCUAGACGUUACUGAUCAGACAAUUAGUUUUUCUCUCAACGGGGAGUUAUUAAUGGAUGCUUUGGGGGGAGAAACUACAUUCGCUGAUGUACAAGGCGACAAUUUCGUGCCAGCUUGUACAUUGGGAGUAGGACAAAAAGCUAGGCUUUCAUACGGUCAAGAUGUGAAUUCUUUGAAAUAUUUUACCACUUGCGGUCUUCAAGAAGGUUACGAACCAUUCUGUGUGAAUAUGAAACGUGACGUCACUCAUUGGUACACAAAGGAUCAGCCGAUAUUUGAAAAUACGGAUGAAAUGGCCGACACUAGAAUAGAUGUAACAAGAAUACCUGCUGGCUCUGAUACACCGCCUUGUCUUAAAAUAUCCCACAACACAUUUGAGACGAUGGAAAAGGCUAACUGGGAGUUCCUAAGGCUCUCUCUACCAGUUAUUUGUUUGUCUGAAUUUAUUGAUGAAUCUGAGAAAGCGCGUCGUUGGGUGGAAAUAAAAGAAAGGCAACAGAUUCUUAUGAAAGAGGCUACAGAGGCGCAAAUGCCUGCUCAUAUCGACCAAAUUAUGAGAAGCGGUUUCACUAUGAAUGAUAUCAGAGGUCUGCAUUAUGAUGAAAACCAAGAAGAAAUGCCAUCUUCUUCGAAAGUAAAACGACAACCUCCGAGACCACCCAGAAAGGGUUCCAUACCUCGGGGAGCUAAUGUACAGAAUUACAAUUUGCAACCAGGAACGGUGAAUGGAAUGCAUAGAUCCACGAGUGAAGCAGAAAUGGCCAAGUACGAACUCAGUGCCCAGAAUUUGCCAGAAGACAAAAAAGCAGAUAAAAGAGGCAGAUCUCCUUUCAAAUUCUUCCGCAGCAAACGUGGUGAGAGCGGGGAACGGGGGAAAUCUGGCAAAUCCAAGACUCCUGAUCCAUUUAGUGACACAGAAGUCUCACCAGAUAGAGGAGGAAUGAGACGGCCAAAUCCACAAAUACGCAUUUCCCAAGCAAAUCAAAGAUACACUCAGGGUAGGCCUAGUCGACCAAACAUUUAUGGAAGCCAAACUGGCUUGAACACAAAUUUAGCCGUAUCGACACCGCCACAGGAGCGUAAGCAAAUGACGUCAGCAACACUUAGUGCGGCUGCUACAGAGACCGUUGGAAAUGAGAUCUUUGAUGCUGAUUGCUUAAAACUUAUCAAUGAAUACUUCUAUGGAGUCAGAAUCUUCCCUGGUCAAGAUCCCACACACGUGUAUAUAGGCUGGGUGACAACUCAAUACCACCUACACUCAAAGGACUUCAAUCAGAACAAGGUCACUAAAUCAUCGGUCAUCAUCACUGAUGAUUACGAUAGAGUUAUUGAAAGUGUAAAUCGUCAGUCUUGCUACAUGGUGCGCGCUGAUGAAUUAUACAAUGAAGUUAUGGCAGAGGCUACUGCUAAGGGAGCGUCUCAAGGCAUGUUUAUCGGAUGUUCCGUGGAUACUUCUACAGGCACUGUUUCAUUUACUUGUGAGGGAAAGGAUACUAGCAUUAAGUUCAAGAUGGAAACUGAGACAAAACUCUUCCCAGCCAUCUUCGUUGAAGCGACAUCGAAAGAGAUUCUUCAAAUCGAGCUCGGCAGAUCAUCAACAAGUCUUCCACUCAGUGCUGCUGUUCUUCCAACAAGCGACAAACAUGUGAACCCACAGUUCCCCCCAAGACUUAAAGUUCAAUGUUUAAAACCACACCAGUGGGCUAGAGUACCAAAUCAAUUUCUUCAAGUACACGCGUUAAAGUUGUCAGACAUCCGUGGUUGGUCUAUGCUCUGUGAAGAUGCGGUGUCAAUGCUGGCCUUGCAUAUACCCGAGGAAGAUCGUUGCAUCGAUAUUCUAGAGUUGAUAGAAAUGGACAAACUAUUAAGUUUCCAUUCACACACUCUCACUCUAUACGCUGCUUUAUGUUACCAAAGCAAUUACAGAGCUGCCCAUGCUCUAUGUCAACAUGUGGAUCAGAAGCAAUUAUUGUAUGCUAUACAAUCACAAUACAUGUCGGGUCCAUUACGUCAAGGCUUCUAUGACUUGUUGAUAGCUCUGCAUUUGGAGUCACAUGCAACCACCAUGGAAGCGUGCAAGAAUGAGUUCGUAAUUCCUCUAGGGCCAGAACUUAAAGCGCUUUAUGACGAACCAGAAAUGAAACACAGCCUUCGUUCACUACAAACUGAAAGUGUUAGACCUAUGAUGCAAAUGACUGAUAUAGCUGAAAGUAUAUCUGACAUCAGUAACUUAUACUCCCCGUUGUUCCCGUUGGAAGUUGUUCGAGAGUUUGUUAUGACAGCCUUGGCUGAAGCAGUUGAGACAAACCAGGUUCACAACAGAGAUCCAGUAGGAGGAAGCAAUGAAAACCUAUUUCUGCCCCUCAUUAAACUGGUAGAUAGACUUCUACUAGUUGGUAUGAUGAGAGAUGAAGACGUUGAAAAACUCCUCAUCAUGAUCAAUCCAGAAACAUGGGAUCCCACAUUCGAUAAAGAAGGGAAAGAUGAACAUAGAAAAGGACUUCUUCAUAUGAAAAUGGCAGAAGGUGCUAAACUACAAAUGUGUUACUUAUUGCAACAUUUAAACGACAUCCAGCUAAGACACAGAGUAGAAUCCAUUAUUGCGUUUGCUCAUGACUUCGUGGGUGAUUUGCAGACUGAUCAAUUGAGACGUUAUACUGAGAUCAAACAAUCAGAUCUUCCGAGCGCAGUGGCUGCCAAGAAAACCAGGGAAUUCCGUUGUCCACCACGAGAACAAAUGAAUGCUAUACUGAGUUUCAAACAUAUGGAAGACGAUGACCCAGAGAAUUGUCCUUGUGGUGAAGAGUUGAUCACUCGUAUGAAUGAGUUCCAUGAAAGCCUGAUGACGCACGUAUCUUUGAACGCUUUGCAGGAACCGGACGGUGAUGAAGCUUCGGAACCACAAACAAAACCAGGUGCCUUUGGGAAACUCUACAAUAUUAUCAAUACUGUAAAAGAAUUGGAAGACGAACAAAAGGCGAUAGAAGAACCACCGAAGAAAUCACCAGAAGAAAAGUUCCGAAAGGUGUUGAUACAGACGAUAGUCAACUGGGCUGAAGAAUCUCAGAUAGAAACACCAAAACUUGUGAGAGAGAUGUUCAGCCUUCUAGUACGUCAAUACGACGCAAUAGGCGAGCUUAUACGUGCCUUGGAGAAGACGUACGUCAUCAAUGCUAAGACGAAAUUAGACGUGGCUGAGAUGUGGGUUGGAUUAAGUCAGAUCAGAGCCUUGCUGCCGGUACAAAUGAGCCAGGAGGAAGAGGAACUUAUGAGGAAAAGGCUAUGGAAACUAGUCAACAAUCACACGUUCUUCCAACAUCCUGAUCUAAUAAGAGUUCUUCGUGUGCAUGAGAACGUAAUGGCUGUGAUGAUGAAUACCCUCGGUCGACGUGCGCAGGCGCAGUCUGACGCGCCCGCCGGCGCUACGCCCUCCCCAGAAGACAAAGAGAAGGAUACUUCUCAUGAAAUGGUGGUCGCGUGUUGUCGUUUCCUCUGCUACUUCUGUAGGACUGGUCGUCAGAAUCAAAAGGCUAUGUUUGAUCAUUUCGAUUUCCUGCUAGAAAACUCCAAUAUUCUUCUAUCCAGACCAUCUCUUAGAGGAUCUACACCACUUGAUGUUGCUUACUCUAGUUUGAUGGAAAACACCGAGCUGGCUUUGGCUUUACGAGAGCACUACUUGGAGAAAAUAGCUGUGUAUCUCUCUCGUUGUGGCCUUCAGAGUAAUUCAGAGCUCGUAGAAAAGGGUUACCCUGACCUUGGAUGGGAUCCAGUGGAAGGAGAAAGAUAUCUAGACUUCCUUAGAUUCUGUGUCUGGGUAAAUGGUGAGAGCGUAGAAGAAAACGCUAACCUCGUCAUCAGGCUCUUGAUCCGAAGACCUGAAUGCCUUGGACCAGCUUUACGAGGUGAAGGUGAAGGUUUAUUGAAAGCUAUCGUCGACGCCAACAAAAUGAGUGAGAGGAUCGCUGAUAGAAGAAAACUUAGAGAGAUGGAAGAAGGGGGCGAUAUUAGUUUCAGCCAUCCUCUUCCUCAAUCUGAAGAUGAUGAAGAUUAUAUUGACACUGGCGCUGCCAUAUUAAACUUCUAUUGUACACUGGUUGAUCUCCUGGGAAGGUGUGCUCCUGAUGCCGCUGUUAUAGCUCUUGGUAAAAAUGAAUCACUCCGAGCUCGAGCCAUUCUUCGUUCGCUGGUACCACUCGAAGACCUUCAAGGAGUACUCAGCCUUCGAUUUACUCUCAACAACCCUGCUGCUGGUGAGGAAAGACCAAAAUCUGAUAUGCCAUCGGGUUUAAUACCUGGUCACAAACAGAGCGUUGGUUUGUUCUUGGAGCGGGUGUACGGUAUCGAAACUCAGGAGUUGUUCUAUCGAUUACUAGAAGAAGCUUUCUUACCGGACUUACGAGCUGCUACUAUGUUGGAUAGAAAUGAUGGUUGUGAGUCUGACAUGGCACUAUCUAUGAACCGCUACAUCGGUAACUCUAUUCUGCCGCUUCUUAUCAAACACGCGAACUUCUACAACGAAGCUGAGAAUUACGCUAGCUUAUUGGACGCCACUUUACACACAGUUUAUAGGUUAUCCAAGAACAGGAUGCUUACCAAGGGUCAACGUGAAGCGGUUUCGGACUUCCUUGUAGCGUUGACAGCGGCUAUGCAACCUUCAAUGUUACUGAAACUUUUGAGAAAACUCACUGUUGAUGUGUCGAGAUUAUCAGAAUAUACAACCGUUGCACUACGGCUGUUAACUCUUCACUACGAACGAUGCGCUAAAUACUACGGCAGUACUGGCGGCCAGGGUCUAUAUGGAGCGUCUUCUGAUGAGGAAAAACGUCUCACUAUGAUGCUGUUCUCAAACAUUUUUGACUCCCUCAGCAAAAUGGACUACGAACCUGAACUAUUCGGGAAAGCCUUACCAUGUCUCAUUGCUAUUGGUGCUGACAAUCCUCAAUACGAUCCCCAACCUAUAAACACUUCUUCAGUGGCACUCAAUAAUGAUCUCAAUACAAUCGUCCAGAAGUUUUCUGAACAUUACCAUGACGCUUGGGCUUCAAGAAAAAUUGAAAAUGGUUGGGUGUAUGCUGAGUCCUGGUCGGACAGCCAAAAAAGUCAUCCAAGACUCAAACCUUAUAAUAUGCUGAAUGAUUACGAAAAAGAGCGUUACAAAGAGCCGGUGCGUGAAUCUCUCAAGGCAUUGCUGGCCAUUGGUUGGUCCGUAGAACAUUCGGAAGUUGACAUUCCCAGCACUAACAGGAGUUCCAUGAGAAGACAGUCAAAGUCUGGAGUCCCGGAUUCAGCCACUCCCUUCAAUUACAAUCCUCAUCCAGUGGACAUGACGAACUUGACCCUGUCAAGAGAGAUGCAGAAUAUGGCUGAGAGGCUCGCUGAAAAUGCUCACGACAUUUGGGCUAAGAAGAAAAAGGAGGAACUGGUCACUAAUGGAGGUGGAAUUCAUCCUCAACUGGUUCCCUACGACUUACUAACUGACAAAGAGAAGAAGAAGGAUCGAGAAAGAUCUCAAGAAUUCCUCAAAUAUCUGCAAUACCAAGGCUACAAAUUACACAGACCCAAAACAGCACAAGGAGAUACCGAACAGACCUCUACGGGUGUGGCAAUAGAGCUCAGAUUUGCAUACUCGCUUUUGGAAAAAUUGAUACAAUAUAUUGACCGAGCCACCAUCAACAUGAAGUUACUAAAACCAUCCACAACAUUCAGUAGACGACCCAGCUUCAAAACCAGUACUAGAGAUAUAAAAUUCUUCUCUAAGGUUGUUCUACCGCUUAUGGAAAAAUAUUUCUCAACUCAUCGCAAUUACUUCAUCGCUGUGGCGACUGCUACAAAUAACGUCGGCGCGGCAAGUCUUAAGGAAAAAGAGAUGGUUGCAGCAUUAUUCUGUAAACUGGCUAGUUUACUAAGAUCAAGGCUCGCAGCUUUCGGUCCAGACGUUCGUAUAACUGUCAGAUGUCUCCAAGUAUUGGUGAAGGGUAUCGACGCCAAGUCCCUGGUGAAGAACUGCCCCGAAUUUAUCAGAACUUCCAUGCUUACCUUCUUCAAUAACGUCGCAGACGAUCUCGGACAUACCAUAUUGAACUUACAGGAGGGUAAAUACGCUCACUUGCGUGGUACCCAUUUGAAGACUUCCACGUCUCUUGGCUACAUAAACGGAGUCCUACUACCAGUACUUACCGCGAUGUUCGACCAUCUCGCCAACUGUGAAUAUGGAGCUGAUCUAUUGCGUAAGUAG